AUGACCGACAGCAGCAGCGCGAACGCCGAGGCCCUCGUGCCAAAAUUCAAGUUCGAGCGGCUGCUCAACCAGGACCAAGCCGGCCGGCGGUGCGCGCUCUACGGCGCCAUCGACGGCCAGCCGGCGCUGCUGGUGCUCGAGCGCGCGCCGUUCCCCACCUCGGCCGACUACCUGGGCUCGGUCGCCGGCAGCCUGCGGGCGCUCAAGAACCUGGGCGCCAACGACAUCUACCACUGGUACCUGGCCAGCAGCGGCGAGAUCGCAGCCGCAGCCGGCGGCGACGGCAACGCCACCGCCGACCACGAGUUCGCCGACCUCAAGAUCAACCUGAUCUGGCCGUGCACGGAGAAGCACGUCAAGAAGUACAGCAAGCAAGGGAUGCGCGUCGUGACCGAGACGCCGGCCAUCUACCGCGAGCACGUGCGGCCGUACAUGGCGGCGCAGCGCGCGGAGGGCCGGCUGAACUGGGCGUUCAACAUCAUCGAGGGCCGCGCCGAGGCCGAGGACGUCAUCUACCGGACGCCGUUCGGGCAGGACCCGGAGGAGGGCUUCCUGCUGCUGCCGGACCUCAACUGGGACCGGCGGACGAUCGAGGCGCUGCACCUGCUCGGGCUGGUCGAGCGGCGCGACCUGUGGAGCCUGCGCGACCUGCGGCGCCGGCACGUCCCCUGGCUGCGGCGCAUGCGCGCCAAGUUCGUCGACGCCACCACGCGCGUCUACCCGGCCGUCGAGCCGGACCAGCUCAAGCUGUACGUGCACUACCAGCCGACCUACUACCACUUCCACAUCCACAUCGUGCACGUGGCGCUCGAGGCGGGCGCGACGCAGGCCACCGGCAAGGCGUUCGGGCUGGAGAGCAUCAUUUCGCAACUCGAGACAAUGCAGGGGGCCAACGGCGAAGACGGCGACGACGCCGGCAUGGACGCUGUUACGCUAUGCUACACGCUGGGCGAGGCCAGCGACCUGUGGGUCGACGUGUUCGAGCCCCUCAAGAGGAAGAACGGUACAGCUUCUCGAUCGCCAUGA